AACGAAGAUCCCAAACCAGAGACACGAAAGAGAGAUUGCCCUUAUCUUUGACCAUGGAGUAGAGACUUACCAUACAUCAAAGUCUAUGAACAUAUUGUUGUAACUCUCUAAGGCAGGCACUCAACGAAAGACAGGCUGACAAGAGUAAACUUCUAGCCGGCUUCCCCAACAGUCCUUCCUGUUUACGUUCACUAGUGCGCUUGUGCGCACCUCAAGCACUGGUGCAAGGCUGGGUUACAACAAUAUUUUUUUAAAAUCAAAACAUUGAAUUUCAGACAUGGACCAUUUUGAAAUUCAGACUUUUGAAAAUGAGGAAGAGAGCGUACACAUGGCUUUAGCUCAUUGUGGAAAGAAUCCUGGCCACUCUGACUUUAUCCCAGUAGAUUCCUUUGAACUGGAACAUCUGCCAUCAGGACACAGAGAUCCGAAUGUGUAUCAGUUGAUUGGCCUGGUAGCACGACUAACAGUUAAAGUUAAAUCCGUUGCCUGCAGUAAAUUCAGAGAAAUUUUGUUUCCAGGAAGACAAGUUGUCAGCGGGAAUAUACUAACAGGAAGUGGCAGAGUGUACUAUGUCACAAAGUAUGUUAAAGGAUUCGACGACAACGUCAAACACCCAAGUGGGUAUACCUCGUGCCAUUGCAGACGAUGCUUGGGGACAGCAUCUCCAAGCGACACCUGGUGGGAGAUCGCUGUGAUAACUGCAGCUCAUGUUGUGUGCGAUUACACGGAGGUCGAAAAGACGGAAUGCUGUUUUUUCUACGAUAACGAGGAAAGCGAAGUGAAGACUGUCGACACAGUGAGCAUAUUGCACGUGAAUGCAGAAGAGGAUAAAUGUAUUUUGAACUGUAUUACGUGUGAUGAUGACUUGGGGAACACUGUCAACCAAAGCGUGGAUGACAUCUUACCCCACUGGAACAGACUGCACACACAAUACAAGGAGUCUAACGCUCUGAAAGACUUCUCAUUUAUGGUGUCACAUCCUCAUGGUGGAUGUAAACGCGUCACUUUGGGGAAAUGCUUGGAAAAGGUGCAACUUCCGGAGUGUGCGUUCGGCUGUUAUUUCAGCUACACAACUCCAACCUGUCCUGGAAGUAGUGGAGCCAUUGUUUAUCUUCUAGGCUACAGUGGAACAGCGGGCUGGUCGACACUACCUGUUCAUAGCAGAACCCUGGGAGGAGUUAAUAUAAGCGGGGCUAGCUAUGUUAGAUGAAAAUAAAAAGCAAUAAUAAUUAAGAAAGUGUCACAGUUCUGCAACUUAGAUUGCUAUUACGUUUAAUGGCAUUAAUAUAUAUUGAUUAUAGUUACAUGCAUUUGUACUUAUAGAG